AUGGAUCUGUCUAGUCUCAUCUCUGGCUUAGUGGCUGAUCGUGAGGAUCUGAGGGCUUUUGGCUUGAACUCAAACAAAGAUGGGAAUGCAGACCUGUUGGAAAAUUGCAACCCUGAUAUUACAAGUCAAUAUCUAAUUGAUGACUUGAAUAGAUCACUCAGGGUCUUACGUGCAAAUGUAUGGCACAGUAAGCUUUUUAAAGCUUACCAAACAGCAAAUAUUACCCCUAGGGGAUUAAGGAUUAGGAUUGCUCCGCAUGUGGGUGAUGCAGAUGAUGAACUAACCACAAAAUGGACAAAAAUUCAACAUGAAGCCACAAUGUCUUUUGUAGUUGAACUUUAUAAAUUUCAUAAUAGAGCUAUAGAUAAGGGGCUGUCUGAAAUCAUGAUUUUGGCAGAUAAGUUAAAAAAUUUUGAACAAGAGCCUUCUUUUGAAGGAAAAUUGAAUAGAGUGGCUCAGGAUCUGAAAAAUAUGAUGCGGAAUUACAGUGCGCAAGAUGAAAAAUUUAAUAGAGAUCAAGAGGACUAUUCUCGGGAAUCCAUUUUCUUUUCAAUCCAAACAUAUUCUGGUGUCAAUUGUGAAAAGGACAAAUUUACUUAUCAUGCAUCCAAUUUCUCACCACCCAUGAAUGCUGUGGUUCACCAAUUUCAAAAUAGUGUCCUUAAGGAUGUUCAUUUUCAUAGUUCAAGUUUGGCAUGGAAAUAUAAUAAUAUAACUUUUAGUGAAAAAGAAGCCCUACUGGAACUUCAGAAUAACAAACAAAUUGUGAUCACUUCAGCAGACAAGGGUGGGGCAGUUGUAAUACAGAAUUGGGAUGAUUACAAUAGGGAGGCCCUGAGACAAUUAUCAGACACAAGAUAUUAUAACCAUAUGUUACAUGACCCUAUACAUAGAUUUAGUAAGUGUAUUGGAUUGUUCCUCAAAAAUGCCUUGGAUAGGGGUAUAAUUUCUAAAGAUACUGCAUAUCAACUGACAAUGAAGGAUUGCAAUUCCCAAUAUAUUUACUUUCUUCCAAAAGUGCAUAAGAAUUUUACACAUCCACCGGGGAGACCCAUAGUGUCGGGAAGAAGAUAUCUAACCGAACCCCUGUCUUUAUUUUUGACUAAAUAUCUUAAACCUUUGUUGGGUUGUCUUCGGUCAAGACUAAAUGACACCACGAGUUUUUUACAAAUCAUAUCUGAUGCUCAGUUGGAAGAAGAUUGGUAUUUAUGUACACUAGACGUAUGUGCCCUAUAUACCAACAUCCCACAUCAAGCUGGCCGGGCCUUGGCAUAUUGGUUGGAAUAUUCUGGUUUAUAUGAUGCUUCAUUUAACGAAUUCUUGGUUGACAUGGCCAGAUAUGUCCUUACUUGCAAUGUUUUUUAUUAUAAAGACAAUUGUUAUUGGCAAAUUAAGAACGGCUAUGGGGCUUCUUUUGCCCCCAUAUACGCUGAUCUUUUCAUGGCGUAUGUGGAAACCAAGUUGAUUUAUGAUUCUACCAGAAAUAUUUUCCUUCCUGAAUUGGACAUUUGGAGACGUUACCUUGAUGACAUCUGGCUGGUGUGGAGGGGUACUGAGUCUAGUUUGCUGGCUUUUGUGGAAUAUUUGAAUAACAAUGAAUGGGGUCUAGGCUUUACGGAACAACAUGAUGCCCAUAAGAUGAUUUUUUUGGAUGUGGUUAUAUGUAAACUCCCUGAUGGUACACUUGAGAGUGAGACAUAUAGGAAGUUCCCCCAGUACAAUUCAUUGUUACAUGCUACAAGUUUUCAUGCUCCCCAUAUAGCCAACAACAUUCCAAAAUCCCAAUUUAUUAGAGCCAAACGGAUAUGUUCUCAACAUUCCACAUAUCGCAAAAACUCGGAGGAUCUUAUACACAGGUUUAAACAAAGAGGUUACAAGACAGGGGUUGUAAUUAAUGCCAUGAGUCAGGUACAAGGUAUGGAGCGGAAUAACUUGCUUCAAUAUAAGGAUAGAGGGAAGGCCAAUACAACACCUGAACCACUCAGAUUUACAACUACUUAUGGGAGAAACACUAUGGGUCUUGUUAACAUUAUACGGCGUCAUUGGAACAUUUUACAGAGUGAUUCAGAAGUUGCCAGGAUUAUCCCUGAUAAAUGUAUGUUUUCAUACAGAAAUGAACUGAACCCAGAACUGAAUAUAUGUGGCAGUGAAAAUAGUGUAAAUAGUAAUGCAAGUCUUCCUAGUGUACAGAGUUGCAGAAGGCAUGGUGAACGAAGGAUUGCAAGCUGGGCAGUGUCUUUUGAACGACUCCUACAAGAUCCACUUGGUAUCCAAUACUUUUCUGAAUUUCUCAAAAAGGAAUUCAGUGAAGAAAAUAUAUUGUUCUGGCAGGCCUGUGAACUUUUCAGCCAUGUAUCUGAACAUGACAAAAAACAGCUUUCUCAAAUGGCUAAAGAGAUAUAUAGCAAUUUUUUAUCCAGCAAAGCUAUCACGCCUGUUAAUAUUGACAGCCAGGCACAGUUGGCUGAUGAUGUCCUUAAUGCACCUCAUCCAGAUAUGUUUAAAGCACAGCAGCUUCAGAUUUUUAACCUGAUGAAGUUUGACAGCUAUACACGUUUUCUGAAGUCCCGUUUGUAUCAGGAAUGUAUGCUGGCAGAAGUGGAGGGUCGUCCAUUACCUGACCCACUACAAAUUCCAAGUAGCCCUGCAUCAAAGCACAGUGUCAGUUCAGAUCGCUCUAAUAUCUCAACACCCAAAAAGUUCAAUACGACUUCUAAAUCUGGAAAAUCCCUGAGUGAAGAUUCUGGUGAGGAUGAUAGUGAAAGAAAAAAGAGAGGAACAUUUUUUUCAUGGUCAAGAAACAAAAGUGUGAGGCGUUCUCUAAGGAAGAAGGAAAGUGGAGAAUCCCUCAGUGAUGUUUCUCACAACAAUGGAAUAUCCCGACGUGAAUCACAAGGCUCCAUGUCCUCAGGCACCAGCUCAGAAGUUGUACUACCUAAUCCUGUUGGAAACCAAACUGAGUGUGAAAACGUCAAAGUGCAUACAUCUGCAGUGGAAAAAGACAAAUGUACAAAGCAGUGUCAAGUUUACGUUCCUGAUGGAGCCUCCUAUACUUUGCCAGUCCAAGCUGGAACCUCAGUUAGGGAGAUGUUAUUUGGUCUGUGUUGCAAACUCGGCAUAAACAUUGCUGCAGUGGAUCUCUUCUUGGCUGGUGGAGACAAGCCUCUUGUUCUAGACCAGGACUCUAUCACAUUAAGUUCAAGGGACCUUCGUUUAGAAAAACGGACCCUAUUCCGGCUGGAUCUUGUUCCUAUUAAUCGGUCAGUGGGCCUAAAAGCCAAGCCUACCAAACCAGUGACGGAGGUUCUACGGCCUGUAGUAGCAAAAUAUGGCUUAAAUCUCAAUCAGCUAGUUGUAAGAGUAAGUGGAGAAAUAGAACCUCUUGAUCUUGGCAUUCCCAUCUCAAACCUAGAUGGACUUCGAAUUGUCCUAGAUAUGAAAGACUGCCCUAAAGGAAAAGGCAAACAAAAGGGUUUACCAGUAAGGCAAACGUCUGUUGAAGUCCCAUGUGCCAGGACCAAUCAAGCAGCGGAAACAAAGAUUAGUGAAAACUCUUCUUCUAUUAAAAGAAGAGAUGAUACAAAAGUUGCCAAAGAUGGAAGGAUAUUAAAGAAAGACCUACCUGUUGAUAAGCGAGAGAGAAAAAAGUCAUACAAAACGGAUAAGGAUGAAGCAGAUGUAUCUUUUGAUAAAACAGGGAGAAAAAAAUCAAUCAAAAUUGAUUUGGAUGAAGCAGAAGAAUUUUUUGAAAUGUUGUCUAAAGCUCAGAGUAAUAGAGCAGAGGAUCAGCGUGGAUUGCUAAGAAAAGAAGACCUUGUUUUACCUGAUUUCCUUUGCUUAAAGCCUGACACCUCUACACCAUCAUCUUCUACUCCAGCAGGAUCUAAAUGUGACAAGAAAACAGACUUAGCAAAUGACGGGAAAAAUAGCACAAACCAUAAUUCCUUGAAUUCUAAACAACAGACUGCAACAUCUGACACCAUUGCCAAUUCCAAGAAUAUGAAAUCAAGGUCAUUGGGGAGACAGGAAAAUACAGAUCAGGCUGUUGUAAAAUCUUCUAAUAACCAAAAAUACAUAGUGAAAGAAGGUCAUGUUGUUCCAUUCAAUGCACCACUGUCUCCAAUCCCACACAUUCAAGACACUGACAGAUCAACAGUGCGAAAGCAGUCAGAUGACUGGCAUAAUCAGGCUGUACAGACCAUAGAUGAUGAUGAAUAUGUAGCAGAUCUGACUUUAGUCGCUGAAGGAGACAUUACCAGUCCCAAUAGUACAUUGCUUCCUCCCCCUCCAUCACUUACAUGUGGCAGCAAGUUAACAGAAGCAAAUUUUUCUUCGUCAAAUCUACUGACAAGCAGUCAAGAACAUUCUGCUUUCUACAAAUCCACCUCAGGCAUUUGGCUAUGAAAACCAUCAGCUUUAAUUGUGGAAAAUUAAACCAUCAUCACACAUUUUAUAUGGAAGUGUAAACUAUUAUUUUUAAUGAAUUUGCCAAACUACAAAACAUCUGAACUUUAAUCAUGCUUAGGACUUUACAUAAAAAAUAUAUGCCAGCUAAUAUGUGAAAUCUGCAUGGAGCAACUACAUAGAAUGGUGCAAAUACAUUUGCAGAACUUCCAUUAUUGUUACUGUUAUUAUUAUUUCUAUUGUACGAUUACUGAGCACUGGACUCAAGAGAAACCAAUAAUUCUAUAGAUAGAUGUGUUUUUACUUUUCUUAUUUUCUAGAGUGUAUGUAGUAUAAAUUCCCUGUAUGAUACAACAUUUUAAUAAGUACAUCGAUAUUUGCAAUAAAAUGCAUUUGCUGAUAGAUUUGUUUUUAAUGCUGUCAGUAGAUAAUGUAGGUGCUGCACUCCUGAGUGUAUCAUCCUUCAGAUGAGAUGUUAAAUUGAUACUCCAUCUGCUUGAGUGGGUGGUAGCUCAGAUGGAUGUAAAAGAUUCCACAGUAUAUAUUGAAAAGAGUAAGGGAGGUUCCCUGAUGCCCUAGACAAAAU